AUGAGGAUGAGUUUUGGGUUGACUUUCAGGGCAGCAAAAGGCCACUGGAUGGUGAACAUCAGCCGGCAGUGCUCACGUGGAUCCAUUCGGUUAUUUGUGCCACCAAGUCCUCCUCUGGACCCUGAGAAGGUCAAAGAGUUACAGCGCUUCAUCACUCUUUCCAAGAGACUCCUAGUGAUGACUGGGGCAGGAAUCUCCACUGAGUCGGGGAUCCCAGACUACAGGUCAGAAAAGGUGGGACUCUACGCCCGCACUGACCAGAAACCCAUUCAGCAUGGGGAUUUUCUACGGAGUGCUCCAAUCCGCCAGCGGUACUGGGCGAGAAACUUUGUAGGCUGGCCUCGGUUCUCUUCCCUCCAGCCUAACCCUGCACAUUGGGCUCUGAGCAACUGGGAGAGACUCGGAAAGCUGUACUGGUUGGUGACCCAAAAUGUGGAUGCCUUGCACACGAAAGCAGGGAGUCAGCGCCUGACAGAACUCCAUGGAUGCAUGCACAGGGUCCUUUGCUUGGACUGUGGUGAACAGAUUCCCCGGGCGGUGCUGCAGGAGCGUUUUGAAGCCCUGAACCGCACCUGGAGUGCCGAGGCCCACGGCCUGGCUCCGGAUGGCGACGUCUUUCUCACAGAGGGGCAGGUGCAGAGCUUUCAGGUCCCGUCCUGCGCCCGAUGUGGAGGCCCCCUGAAACCAGAUGUCGUUUUCUUCGGGGACACAGUGAACCCUGACAAGGUUGACUUUGUGCACAGGCGUGUAAAAGAAGCGGACUCCCUCUUGGUAGUGGGCUCGUCCUUGCAGGUGUACUCCGGCUACAGGUUUAUCCUCACUGCCCGAGAGAAGCAGCUCCCAAUUGCAAUACUUAACAUUGGGCCCACACGGUCGGACGACUUGGCAUGUCUGAAACUGGAUUCUCCUUGCGGAGAGUUGCUGCCUUUGAUAGACCCACGCUGACCACAGCCUGGUGAU